UAACUCGGUGACGUCAUUAUAAAUGGACUUUGUUUUGUAAAACGGAAAUAAACAGCUGUUAUCUAUGUUCAGUCUUUUGUUCGAUCUUUGCCCGCAACGGACAAUAACCGGGAAAUGUUACCGGAAAUAACGACAGGAACAUUUUAACGGUUUAAAACAAGCUAGCAGCUGAUCAGCUGCUUUUAGUCCAAACUGUUGUGUUCGGGGUCAGAAGCUGGAGAUGGAGGCUUCUCAUAGGGAGCAGCUGUCGGUACUGGUGGAGGAGCUGACCACAUCUGGACAACCUCAGCUCAACCAGGACAAAAUGAAGGAGCUGAAGAAGAUCUGCAGGAUGUCUAAUGACUGCAUCGACCAUGUUUACCACUCAGUGAUGUCCCAGUUAAACCAGGAACACGCUGAGAUCCGGUUGUCUGCUUUCCAGAUAGCCAGUGAGCUCUUCUCUAGAUCUCACCACUUCAGGGCUCUGCUGGUGGACAACUUCCAGGACUUCCUGGAGCUGACGGUAGAGACCGACUCCGAGCAGCCUCUCCCUCCUCCUAAAGAAGUAGCCAGAAAGCUGCGGUCCUUGGCCAUCCAGACCGUCCAGUCCUGGCAGGCCUCGUACGGAUCUGCUUAUAAGAAGCUGGCUCUGGGCUACCACUUCCUCAAACAGGUCAAAAAGGUGGACUUCCAGGACGCUGAAGCCAGAACAGUUGCAGAGAGGAGGAGGGAGGAGGACAGGCAGAGGAAGAUGGAGAGGAUCUACAAAGCCAGGGUGGAUGCAGCAGCCAAACACAUGCAAGAGUCGUACGAAGAGAUGGAGGCGACGCUGACGGAGAUGGAGUCAUGCAUGAAGCUGCUUUUCCCUGACUUCAUCCUCUCAGACUUCCAGACGGCCGACAGCGACUCUUCAGACUCCCGACCAAUCAGAGUGCCGCCAUCAGAUCAUGAAGAACCCUGCUGCAGCAAACAGCUGGUGGAUAACCAGAGAGAUGGACAGAAACAAGAGAGCGAGGAGGCUGGAGCGAAAAAGAAAAGCAAGGAAAUUGAGAGAACAGGAAAUAAAGAGAAGAAGAGGAGAAACAUUGAGGAAGAUGAGGAGAAAGGAGAGAAUGCUGGUGAUGGGGAAGAUGAGGAGGAGGAGGAAGGUGAAGGAAGUAGUGAAGAAGAUGACGAGGAGCCCGUGGAUGAAGAGCAAGUGUUUAUCAGGAACUCUGGACUCAUCUCUCACUCCUACAGUCUGGACCUGAACCUCAGUCCUGGUCUACAUGUUAAGGAGACAGAGGAUAAUGAGGCAGUGGUUUCCAUGGUGAUGGAGCUCUACAAACUCAUAAAAACCAAACACCUCCCAGCUGUGCAGGGCUGGGUUCAGGUCUUCACCAAGUCUGGAGCUGAGGAGCAGCUGCUGAGGAGAGCGCUGGAUCUGAAGAAGUCUUUACAAGCUGCACUUCAGAAGCACAAAGAGCUGCAGAUCGACUGCAAGACCAGAGUCCGCAAAGUGAUGAAGGCCAUGUCUAAUGGAAAGGAGGAGGAGGAGGAGGAAGAUGAUGAUGAUUUUGAUGAGGUUCCGGAGAAAGAAGGAUAUGAGCCGCACAUUCCUGAACAUCUGCGUGCCGAGUAUGGUCUGGAUCCCUUACCUUCCACCUCCACAGCAUCCGUCAAACAACAACAGCCUCCUGCAAAGAAAACCACAGCUACUCCUCCUCUUCCUCCUCCAUCCAGCUCACCUUCUUCGUCCAGGCGUCUAAGGAGGCUCAUGGAGGAGGAGCAGGAUCCGACCUCAGCUGCUGCCACACUGCGCCUCCUCAGACAGAAGAUCCCCCUUCCCACAGAGUCCAGCAGCUCUUCUGACCUGGAAGCAUCUCAGUCCUUCUCAGAAGAGAAACCGGUGGAAGCUCCGGUGGUGCCGUUUGGUUUGGACCUGUACUACUGGGGCCAGGAGCAGCCCAACGCUGGCAAGAUCAUCAAGUCGGCCUCUCAGCAUCAGUUCUGGGUUCCGAUCCAGGCGGAGGAAGAGGUGGAGAACCAGGAGCUGCUAGCAGAGAGCAGGAGCAGAUACAUCUCCUUCCCCGGCAGCUUUGUUCCCGUCAGCCAUUACUGCCGAGCGCCGCUGGGAAACGGGAAGCUGUGUCAGCGUCAGGACCGCCUCAAGUGUCCAUUCCACGGUGAGAUCAUUCCACGGGACGAAGAGGGUCGACCCUGCAGGGAGGAAGACUACCAGAGGGAGGAGCAGGAGGAGAGAAAGAGGAGGGAGCAGGAGCCUGACUGGCGAGAUGCAGAGCUGAUGCGAGACAUCGAAGCAGCGACCGGAGAGGACCUGGGUUCUGAUCGGGUUGGUAAAAAACGCAAAGGGAAGAAGAAGAAAUACCCUAACCUGAGUGAUCUGAAGCAGAGCAGCAACACGGCCCGCUGCAGGCUGCAGAAAAAAGUCUUCAACAAGAGCGCCAUGCGCAGGGUGGCUCACGUGCUGAAUAAAGCCGACAAGAGAAAACACGACAAGUUCUCCAACCAGUUCAACUACGCACUGAACUGACUGCAGCCAGCCGCCAUCACGCCUCCAACUGGAGCAAAGGGACAGUUCUGGUCUGAUUCUCUGACCUCUGAUUUAGCUCAGUUAGCAGAGUUAGCAGCUUUAAAAGAGUCGUCCUGAGAGCCAGCAGCCAGGUUUCUGACGCCUGCAGCUGAAAAGUGAAGCUGGUGUUUUCUGAGCUGAAUGGGAUUUUCAAGGCGGACCUAUGAGGUCUGCUUAUUAGGCUGAAAUGAUGUUGACCAGAACAACAUCUGGAUGAAUCUAUUCUUCCUCCGCAGACCAAACAGAGGACAUUUUUCUGCUGACUUUACUGACAGAAUAUUAAUAUUUAUAAUACUAUUUAUAAUACAUGUUUCCUUUGUGUCAUCCUGUUUGUUUUUCAAUUUUUACUCUUUUGUCGGGAUUGAAAUUCUGAGCAAAUUAAAAGGAUUUACACC